AGGAAUCUCCUUGACUUCUUCUCCUAUUCUUUCCCACUUAACACCUUUACUCACAAGAAGUACAGAUUAAACUAUCGAUACUUGUAUUGCUUGUUGUUCCGACUAGACGCAGCGAAUACUUGGCAUUUUCUUCGUUCUCUUUCUCUAGCAACCACCUACCAACAUCAUGAGCGCCAACCAGUACUACGCCGGUCCUCCCCCACCUCCUCAGGCCUACCCCCCUCAAGGCUAUCCUCAGGGCGGCUAUCCUCCUCCGCAGGGCUACCCCCAGUACCCCCCUCCGCAGCAGAUGCAGUACCAGCAGGCUCCUCCGCCGCAGAAGAAGGACCGUGGAUGCUUGACAGCUUGUAUCGCCACCCUGUGCUGCUGCUUCCUGUGCGAGGAAUCCUGCGAGUGUUGCUUCGAGUGCAUCGAGUGCUGUGAAAUGUGUUAGACCGUCCACGAUCGAUUCGAUGGCCGAUGAUCGAUGAUUCGACCAGACUACGAUGAUUUCGCUUCUUCGUCCCCGUCCCGAGUCCGCGAUGCGAUACGUACAUAAUCAAACGCCGGAGUGGUCUCGGUCGUUGUUCCAUAAUUAGGAUACUCGGGCAUGGCAUCUGGACAGCGGCUAGGAGGCGGGUGGCUAUUCUUUUUUAUUCCUUUUUACGGCGCGUAUUUAAUGAUCCUGUUUCAUGUUUUAUUGUUUUAUGACUGCAAAUAUACCUCUUAAUGGUCGAUCGUUCUGUAGUAUGGAUGAAUGAUUAUCCCUUAUCAGUCUUGGCUCUGCAAGUCGGUAUUGUAGUCAAAACGC